AUGUAUGAGGUCACUUUGAAUCUUCUCAAGAAUGACAUGGAAAUCGAUCACAAUCUGUUUAGCCAUUUCGUGAAAGACGGCAAGGUACAUAAAGCUCAGGAGACUAUUGAAUCCAUUGAUGAACAGGAUAAAACAAUCAAUUUCAAACUCUUUGGAGGAGAUAUCAAUCAGCAGUACAAAAGCUUUAAGCUGAUCCUUCAAGUGAUUGACAAGAAUGAUGGUGGUGCCGCUGUUAAAUGGACCAUUGAAUAUGAGAAGAUCAACGAGGAUAUUGAUCCUCCACAUGGUUACAUGGACUACUUUGACAAAUCCACCAAAGAGAUGGAUGCUUAUGUUUUCAACACAUAG